AAACUGGAAUGCCGAAUUGUUUAGGAGCAAUUGAUGGAAAACAUAUAAAUAUUGUCCGUCCAUCAAACAGUGGCUCCUUAUAUUACAACUAUAAGAAGACUUAUAGCAUUGUACUGCUGGCGGCAUGCGAUGCAAAUUAUGUUUUUACUUACGUAGAUGUCGGGGCUUUGGGAAGUCAGAGUGAUGGCGGCAUGCUCGCGCAAAGUGCUUUCGGAAAGAAAUUGUUAAACGGAACUUUAGAAGUGCCUCGUGAAGUUAAUUUGCCGGGAACAUCGUGCAGUUUUCCAUAUUACUUUGUUGGUGAUAGCGCAUUUCCACUUAAGGCCAAUUUAAUGCGACCUUUUCCAGGUAGUAAUUUGCCGGCAGAUAAGGAAAAGUUCAAUAUGGUACUAUCCAAAGCUCGGGUACACAUAGAGAAUUCAUUUGGCAUUCUAUCAAAUCGUUGGCGAAUACUUCAUACAAAUAUAUCAGCUUGCCCAAAGAAUGCAGACAAAAUAGGCUUAGCUACAGUCCUUCUACACAACUUUCUGAUGCUACAAAACGAUCGAAACUACUUCACGCUUUAGUUGGUAGAUCGAAAUGAAAAUAACCGAGAGAUUCAUGGCCAGUGGAGAAAUGAAGUGAAUCCAUUAGAUUCUUGUCGUCAGGGAGCAGUAAACCGUUCUUCUUCAUAUGCCUUUGAAUUACGAAAUAUUCUUAAAGAAUUUAUACGAACAAGUUUUUAAACAUUAUGGUUUGUUUAUCUCACACAUACCUAAGCUUUUUAGCCUAUAUUAUAUAUAGUGACUCAAAUAAUCGUUCGCAAAACCAUAUUAUACAAUACUCGCAAAGAUUUUAGAGUUAAAAUUGUUUGCAAUUUUUCAUAAAAUUAAGCUCAUAACAUGAUACACCAUAUUUAUCAAAGGUUCAAACUUUAUACAAAAUUUAGAAAAACUACAUAAUUCUAUUGAAAUUUCUAACUUUUUAAACGAGUUUCCAGAGCUUUUGGGUUUACAGUUUUUUUGCUUGGAAAUUAAAAAAAUUGUAGCUUUCUAAAUUUUUUAUAAAGUUUGAACCUUUGAUAAAUAUGGUAUCAUGUUAUGAGCUUAAUUUUAUGAA